GAUAGGUUGGAAUUAUGAUUUGUUAUUUUAAGUUUUUAUAAGCUGUAUUAACAAUGCAUUAAAGUUUAUAAUAUUUAAUUGUGUGAAUUUGUAACUUUGCAAAAGUUAAGUUACAUAAACAGUGUAACGAAAGUGAAGAAUAGGAAACACCAUGGAGGAAAAUAUCUCAGAUUUGUUAGAAAAUCCAGAAGAUCCAGUUCCAGAAAAAUGCAAAGAAAAGAAAAAACAACGCCGGUCUAAGAAGUCUGUUGUUGUAGAAGAGGAAAAUAUAGUUGAAGAAAACAUCAUGGAAGACGAUAUCCCAGAUUUGUUAGAAAAUAAUCCAGAACAUCCAGUUCCAGAAAAAUGCCAAGAAAAGAAAAAACGAGGCCGGUCUAAGAAAUCUAUUGUUGUAGAAGAUUUAAAUAUAGUUGAGGAAAACAUCAUGGAAGACGAUAUCUCAGAUUCGUUAGCAAAUAAUCUUGGAGAUUCAGUUACAGAAAAAGGUCAAGGAAAGAAAAAACAAGGCCGGUCUAAGAAGUCUGUUGUUGUAGAAAAUGAAAAUGUAGUCAAGGAAAACAUCAUGGAAGACGAUAUCCCAGAUUUGUUGGGAAAUAAUCCCGGAGAUCCAGUCCCAGAAAAAGAUCAAGGAAAGAAAAAACGAGGCCGGUCUACAAAGAAGUCUGUUGUUGUAGAAGAUGAAAAGAGGGUGAAGUUUCUUAGCAAACUUCUCAACUGUGAUGGAAUGCCUUCUCACACAGUCGAAGUUUUGAAACUUGAGGAACAAGAGAAGGGUCAUCUAUACAAACUCAACUCUUUAGAGAUGGAGAAAUUGUGGAACGAUUUACGGGACCCUGUUAAGACCAGACUAAACAAUCUGAUGUGUCCAGAAGUAGAACAGUUUAAGGAAGAAAGUCGAGAAGUAUUAUCAGCAAUUAUAAGCCUACUUCUGCACACAACUGCCCUUCACGAUGUUGCAGAUAGUGAAGCCUUGGCUUGGAUCGCUGUUGCCUUUAACUUGGUCCUCAUUGAAAAAAACACAGGACAACAGCUAAAAAGUAAAAUCUCCGAGCUCUGCGAGUAUUGCUGCAUUAAAGGGAUCAGAGUAGAUGGAAGUUUCUACUUGAACACAAUUAACUUCCUGUUGGAUCUAACUGUAGAUGACAAGAAUGGUGUUGACAGGAAGCCCGAGAUCAAGAGAAUGUGGGAAAUGAGAGUCGCCCUGGCUCGACUAAACUUGAGAACGCAGAGUUGUGAGAGUGUUGUGGCGCGACUAGAGAAGAUUGUAGCCAGCCCUACCUACCUGGCUUGCAAGGAGGGGCGACAGUUCAUUGCCUUCACAUUGACUUUGGACAUCAAGUUGAUAAAGAGGCUUCACAAAGCAAUCAAAGACUUUCUCUCAAUCUGCAAAAGGACCCAGGCUUGUGCGUACGGAGAAGUUUACUACAGCGCUUGGUUCAACGGAAGCUCAGAAGUGCGACAGGAGCUGGAGAAGCACUGCAUCCAGAACCUGAUGACCCACAUGUUUGUGUUCAAACGACACAAACAGGAGCUGGUCCACACAGGUCAGAACGUGUUCGCCAUCUUGUCCUACCUACAUCACCACCGAACCACGGCACAGUUCAGCAAAGUGCUCACCGAGCUGUACAUGCCUCUACUGUGGCGUCAUCUGCGGAGUGGAAACAACAUAGAGAGAUCGAACGCCGCCCUUGUGUUCCUGGAUGUUUAUCCGCUGGAGAUGCCAGGAUCAGGACGAGCUGACGAGAGUGACUUCUGUAUCAAACAACACAACGAGAUGGUGGACUUGCUGACGGACACCUGCCAUGUCGUCCGCAUGAUUGCCAUCAGGGGAAUCUGCAGCAAGCUGUGUUCAGCAUGGCGUACGUUUCCCCAAGAGACGAUACAGGUGCUGAUGAGGAACCUGAUAGAACUGUCCAACGAUGCGUCAGACUACAAGGUCAGGGUGACUCUGUACGACAGUCUGCGCGAUCUGCUCUUGAACCCAGAGUCUGCGGCAUAUCUGAUGCGCAUCCUGCCCAAACUGCGUGACAACAUCCAUGAUGAGAAUGAAAAAGUUCGGAAAUCAUUUGUGAAACUGCUUCUUAGUGUUAAGACCCAGACUAGUGAAACGCGGGUUCCAUACUGGAAAAUUGUACCCAUCGACCAUCUAGCUGCAAGACUUCAGCUGGAGAAGGCGGAGGUUGGGUCUCUCUUGUGUAAGCUGUUGAUGAGUAAUAUCUACUCCCCGGACCAUAGCGCCGACGUGUUUCUGUUCCGGAUCAUCCGGUUCAUUGACACCAACCCAGCAGCUGCUCGCAAUCUCUUUCAGUUCUCUAUGAAGGUGUUGGAGUAUAAGGACGCAGUGAGAAUAAUGUUGACCAUAUUGUUGAAUCUUCGAGCUUACGUGAAGAAGAAACUUGAAGAAUCAAAUGUUUCAAAUGUUCCUGAAGAGCAAGAAAACAAGUCGAGCGGGAGUUCUUCUGGCGGCAGACGGAGAAAGAAACGGAAAUCAUUGGAACAUUUACAGACCAUUUGUGAAAAUGAACAAGAUGAAUUAGAAGAAACGGACAAAGAAAAUAGUAGCCAGUUGAGCAACACCAACAGCUCAGCAGACAGCAGCAAAGAAGAAGACGAGUUUGGUCGUCCUGGAGUGUUCCACGCACUGGUAGACAUUGUCAGUCUGUUGUGGUCCAUGCACAGCAACAAGCUGGCAGACCCUGAGAGACACAAGGACCAUGAGGACUUGAUGGAUUGUGCAGUGGCUGGCAUCCCUCUCUUCCUUAGGUAUUACAAGGUAUUACAAGGUGAGUUUGGUUGUCCUGGAGUGUUCCACGCACUGGUUGACAUUGUCAGUCUGUUGUGGUCCAUGCACAGCAACAAGCUGGCAGACCCUGAGAGACACAAGGACCAUGAGGACUUGAUGGAUUGUGCAGUGGCUGGCAUCCCUCUCUUCCUGAGCAACAAGCUGGCAGACCCUGAGAGACACAAGGACCAUGAGGACUUGAUGGAUUGUGCAGUGGCUGGCAUCCCUCUCUUCCUUAGGUAUUACAAGUUAUUACAAGGUGAGUUUGGUCGUCCUGGAGUGUUCCACGCACUGGUUGACAUUGUCAGUCUGUUGUGGUCCAUGCACAGCAACAAGCUGGCAGACCCUGAGAGACACAAGGACCAUGAGGACUUGAUGGAUUGUGCAGUGGCUGGCAUCCCUCUCUUCCUUAGGUAUUACAAGGUGAGUUUGGUUGUCCUGGAGUGUUCCACGCACUGGUUGACAUUGUCAGUCUGUUGUGGUCCAUGCACAGCAACAAGCUGGCAGACCCUGAGAGACACAAGGACCAUGAGGACUUGA